CUGCCUUGCAGCCGUCGGGAUGGAGGUGAGAAGGCGGCCGUGACGCCCGCCCGCGCGAACCCCUGCACCCCAGCAGCCCACAGCGCUCCCUGCCCCCCUCCCCCGCGGCAGAGGGCCUUGCCGUCCAGUGACAGCGGCCUGGGGGGGCAGGGGGGGCGGGGGCGGCCGGACCAGCGAUGCCGGCGGGCAUGACGAAGCAUGGCUCCCGCUCCACCAGCUCGCUGCCGCCCGAGCCCAUGGAGAUCGUGCGGAGCAAGGCGUGCUCGCGGCGCGUCCGCCUCAACGUCGGGGGGCUGGCGCACGAGGUGCUCUGGCGCACCCUGGACCGCCUGCCCCGCACGCGGCUGGGCAAGCUCCGGGACUGCAACACCCACGACUCGCUGCUGGAGGUGUGCGACGACUACAGCCUCGACGACAACGAGUACUUCUUCGACCGCCACCCGGGCGCCUUCACCUCCAUCCUCAACUUCUACCGCACCGGGCGGCUGCACAUGAUGGAGGAGAUGUGCGCGCUGAGCUUCAGCCAGGAGCUGGACUACUGGGGCAUCGACGAGAUCUACCUGGAGUCCUGCUGCCAGGCCCGCUACCACCAGAAGAAGGAGCAGAUGAACGAGGAGCUCAAGCGGGAGGCCGAGACGCUGCGCGAGCGCGAGGGCGAGGAGUUCGACAACACGUGCUGCGCCGAGAAGAGGAAGAAGCUCUGGGACCUGCUGGAGAAGCCCAACUCCUCCGUGGCGGCCAAGAUCCUGGCCAUCAUCUCCAUCAUGUUCAUCGUCCUCUCCACCAUCGCCCUGUCCCUCAACACGCUGCCCGAGCUGCAGAGCCUCGAUGAGUUUGGCCAGAGCACGGACAACCCGCAGCUGGCCCACGUGGAGGCCGUGUGCAUCGCGUGGUUCACCAUGGAGUACCUGCUCCGCUUCCUGUCCUCGCCCAAGAAGUGGAAGUUCUUCAAGGGCCCCCUCAACGCCAUCGACCUGCUGGCCAUCCUGCCCUACUACGUCACCAUCUUCCUCACCGAGUCCAACAAGAGCGUGCUGCAGUUCCAGAACGUGCGCCGCGUGGUCCAGAUCUUCCGCAUCAUGCGCAUUCUCCGCAUCCUGAAGCUCGCGCGCCACUCCACCGGCCUCCAGUCCCUGGGCUUCACCCUGCGCCGGAGCUACAACGAGCUGGGCCUGCUCAUCCUCUUCCUCGCCAUGGGCAUCAUGAUCUUCUCCAGCCUCGUCUUCUUUGCUGAGAAGGACGAGGACGACACCAAGUUCAAAAGCAUCCCGGCCUCUUUCUGGUGGGCCACCAUCACCAUGACGACUGUCGGGUACGGAGACAUCUAUCCCAAGACUCUCCUGGGGAAGAUAGUGGGGGGACUUUGCUGCAUCGCCGGGGUCCUGGUGAUCGCUCUUCCCAUCCCCAUCAUCGUCAACAACUUCUCCGAGUUCUACAAGGAGCAGAAGAGGCAGGAGAAAGCCAUCAAGCGAAGAGAGGCUCUGGAGAGGGCCAAGAGGAAUGGCAGCAUCGUAUCCAUGAACAUGAAGGACGCUUUUGCCAGGAGCAUUGAGAUGAUGGACAUCGUGAUUGAGAAAAAUGGAGAUAAGAAGGAUAAACUCCAAGACAACCACUUGUCUCCCAACAAGUGGAAAUGGACAAAGAGGACACUGUCCGAAACCAGCUCCAGUAAGUCCUUUGAAACCAAGGAGCAGGGAUCCCCUGAGAAGGCCAGAUCGUCUUCUAGUCCUCAGCACCUGAAUGUCCAGCAGCUGGAAGACAUGUACAAUAAGAUGGCCAAGACCCAGUCCCAACCCAUCCUCACUACCAAGGAGUCUGCAACACAGAGCAAACCAAAGGAAGAACUUGAAAUGGAGAGUAUCCCCAGCCCCGUAGCCCCUCUGCCCACGCGCACGGAAGGGGUCAUUGACAUGCGCAGCAUGUCGAGCAUCGACAGCUUCAUCAGCUGUGCCACAGACUUCCCCGAGGCCACCAGGUUCUCCCACAGUCCUCUGGCUUCACUGCCCAUCAAGGCUGGGGGCAGCAUGGCUCCAGAGGUGGGCUGGCGGGGAGCCCUGGGGGCCAGCGGGGGCCGGCUGGGGGAGGCCAACUCCACCCCCGACGGCAGCCACUCCUCGAGCUUCCUCAUCGAGAGCCCCAAGAGCUCCAUGAAGACCAACAACCCCCUGAAGCUCCGAGCACUCAAAGUCAACUUCAUGGAGGGGGACCCCAGUCCCCUGCUCCCCGUUCUGGGGAUGUACCCCGACCCUCUUAGGAACAGGGGGGGCGCUGCGGCCGCUGUCGCAGGACUGGAGCGCGCCACCCUCCUGGACAAGCCCGUGCUGAGCCCAGAGUCCUCCGUCUACACCACGGCAAGUGCUAGGACGCCCCCCAGGUCGCCCGAGAAACCCACAGCAAUAGCAUUCAGCUUCGAAGCCGGCGUCCACCAGUACAUCGACGCCGACACGGACGACGAGGGGCAGCUGCUCUACAGCGUGGACUCCAGCCCUCCCAGGAGCCUCCACGGGGGCACCAGUCCCAAGCUCAGCCUGGGCCCCAGAGCGGACAAGAACCACCUCGAGAGCUCCCCGGUGCCUACCUCCCCCAAGUUCCUUCCGCAGAACUGCCUUUACCCCGCGGAGGCGCUGACUGGAAGGGGCCCCGGGGCCCAGGAGAAGUGCAAACUCGAGAACCACCUCUCCCCCGACGUCCGGGUGCUGCCCGGGGGAGGGGCCCUGGGGAGCAGCAAGGAUCAGAGCUUGUGAACUGGCCGCGGAGGCCAGCGUGCAGGUGGGGCCCAGCGGGGAGGGCGGCUGGCUGCUGCCGCAGAGCUCUCCCGGGUGGACUCGG